GACCACUUUGAAAUUUUGCGAGCCAUUGGGAAAGGCAGUUUUGGGAAGGUCUGCAUCGUGCAGAAGAAUGAUACUAAGAAGAUGUACGCAAUGAAAUACAUGAACAAACAAAAGUGCGUGGAGCGCAAUGAAGUGAGAAAUGUCUUCAAGGAACUCCAGAUCAUGCAGGGUCUGGAGCAUCCUUUCCUGGUUAAUUUGUGGUACUCCUUCCAAGAUGAGGAGGAUAUGUUCAUGGUAGUGGACCUCCUGCUGGGCGGGGACCUGCGUUAUCACCUGCAGCAGAAUGUCCGUUUCCAGGAGGAUACCGUGAAGCUCUUCAUCUGUGAGCUGGCCAUGGCCUUGGACUACCUGCAGAGCCAGCGCAUCAUCCACAGGGAUAUGAAGCCUGACAAUAUUUUGCUUGAUGAACAUGGGCACGUGCACAUCACAGACUUCAACGUUGCCGCGAUGCUGCCCAGGGAGACGCGGCUCGCCACCGCGGCGGGCACCAAGCCUUACAUGGCACCUGAGAUGUUCAACUCCAGAAGAGAAGCCGGCUAUUCCUUUGCUGUGGACUGGUGGUCCCUGGGAGUGACGGCAUAUGAACUCUUGAGAGGCCGGAGACCAUACCAUAUUCGCUCCAGCACCUCCAGCAAGGAAAUUGCACACAUGUUUGAGACAGCUAUUGUGACUUACCCCUCUGCCUGGUCACAGGAAAUGGUGUCACUCCUUAAGAAGCUACUUGAGCCUAAUCCAGACCAACGAUUUUCUCACUUGUCUGAUGUUCAGAACUUCCCAUAUAUGAAUGACAUGAACUGGGAUGCGGUUUUGCAGAAGAGGCUCAUUCCAGGUUUUAUUCCUAACAAAGGCCGGCUGAAUUGCGACCCCACCUUCGAACUCGAAGAAAUGAUUCUGGAGUCCAAACCUCUUCACAAGAAAAAGAAACGUCUGGCAAAGAAGGAGAAAGAGAGGAGGAAAUGUGAUUCCUCCCAGAUGUGCCUUCUUCAAGAGCAUCUGGAAUCUGUCCGGAAGGAGUUCAUCAUUUUCAACAGAGAAAAGUAA